AUGGCGGCUCACUUUCUAGGCUUGCCAAGCCAAUUGUCGUUUACCACACCAAUAAUAACAACAGCUUCAUCACUUCCACCAAAGAGAAGCUCCAUGCAAACACCUUCUCUUCUCAAAUGCAAACCUUGGCGAGUCCCUUGCGCAGUUAGCACAGAACAUACCCAAACAACAGAAAAUAACAGACGUACCGCCAAUUACCAGCCCAACCACUGGAAUUUUGAUGCCCUGUCUCUGAGAAAUAACACUCAGGUUGAAGCAGUGCAAGAGAGGGCUACAAAGCUUGAGGAGGAGGUACGAGGCAUGAUCAACAGCUUAGAGAUAGAGCCACGAAGCUUACUCGAUUUAGUUGACAAAGUCAAGCGCUUGGGAUUGAAUUACAAGUUUGAAGAAGACAUUGAGAAAGCCCUUGAAAUGAUUGUUUCAGUGAAUGAUACACACAAAAGUGGGUUGCAUUUUACUGCUCUUAGUUUCCGUCUACUUAGAGAACACGGCUUUCAUGUGUCCCAAGAUGUGUUUGGGAGUUUCAAGGAUAAAGAGGGAAGUUUCAAGGCUGAAAUUAGCAAUGAUGUGCAGGGUUUGUUAAGUUUAUACGAUGCAUCAUAUCUUGCCUUUGAGGGUGAAACUCUCUUGGAUGAGGCAAGGGAAUUUUCAAGAACUCAUCUCAACAACAAACUAAAAGAAGCAACGGCGACCAAAAUGGCAAAACAAGUGAGUCAUGCAUUGGAACUUCCUUAUCAUCGAAGAUUGCAGAGACUAGAGGCUCGAUGGUUCAUUGACAAUUAUGAAGAAAAGACACCCCACGACCAUUUACUACUAGAGCUUGCAAAAUUGGAUUUCAACAUGGUACAAUCAUUAAUGCAAAACGAACUGCAAGAACUGUCAAGGUGGUGGAGGGAGAUUGGACUUGCUAGCAAACUGGACUUUGUUCGUGACCGAUUAAUGGAGGUGUACUUUUGGGCACUAGGAAUGGCCCCUCAUCCUCAAUUAAGCAAUUGUCGAAAAGUUGUCACUAAAAUGUUUGGACUGGUCACCAUCAUUGAUGAUGUAUAUGAUGUCUAUGGUACUUUGGAUGACCUACAACUCUUCACAGAUGCUGUUGAGAGAUGGGAUGUGCAUGUCAUAAAUGCACUUCCAGAAUACAUGAAGCUGUGCUUCUUAGCCCUAUAUAAUACUGUUAAUGACACGGCGUAUACCAUCCUUAAAGAGAAGGAAGAGAACAACCUUCCUUGUCUAGCAAAAUCUUGGUCUAACUUGUGCAAAGCAUUCCUCCAAGAAGCAAAAUGGUCGAACAACAAAAUCAUUCCGGCAUUCGAUGAGUACUUGGAAAAUGCAUUAGUUUCCUCUUCUGGUGGGGCAUUACUUGCUCCUUCUUACUUCUUGGUCAGCCCAAACAACACAAACCAAGCACUUGAUUCUUUAACUAAUUGCUUUGGCCUUGUGCGCUCCUCAUGCACCAUAUUUAGGCUGUGCAACGAUUUGGCUACUUCGGAGGCUGAGUUGGAGAGGGGUGAAACUACAAAUUCUAUCACAUCUUACAUGCAUGAGACUUGGACUUCUGAGGAGCAAGCACGUCAAAAUCUUAGAAUUUUGAUCGACACAGAGUGGAAGAAGAUGAACGAAGAGCAGUUUUUGGAUUCAAAAUUUCCAAAAGCUUUUAUGGAAAUAGCUAUUAACAUGGCCCGGGUUUCCCAUUGCACAUACCAAUUUGGAGAUGGACUUGGAAGGCCUGAUAAUACAGCACAGAACAGAAUCAAGUUGUUACUAAUAGAACCCAUUCCAAUUAGUGUAACAACAUGA